UCUCAGUACCUCGCUGUGGAUGUGCGGAGGCUGAACGUCAGUCUUCUUCGUUGGUUUCGGGAAGGUGUGGCGGCGGCACUCGGCGUUCCUGCAGGACACGUGCACAUCAACCGGCUCAAUGAGAAGAAGAACGGCAUCGAGCUCUUCGUGUCCUCUGAUAGGCUGGGCGUCUCGGAGCCCCGCCCUGCUGAAGAGGUCAUCCAAUCACUGAACGUCAGAGUCCUUCACAGACACCUGGGACACUUCGGCAUCACAGAGGUCUCCACUGAGAAAAACGUCCUGCAGGGCGAGCAGAGGGAUCACGUGUGGAGCAGAGAAGGAUUCUACGCCGUCGUCCUCUUCUUCACCGUCUUCGUCAUCGUCAUCACCUGCUUGAUGGUUUUGUACCGACUGAAGGAGAAAGUUCAGGUUUCUGACAGACAGGUAAAAGCUCCGCCCCCUGACCUGCACCUGACCCCAACUGUCCUGCAAGACUCCGCCCAGAAGUCAAGGGGCGCCAAGAUUGUGACGUCAGGAAGCAUGGUUCAAGCUGAGCUCCCUCCAGCUGUAGCCACGCCCAUUCCCCUGCAGCAGCCAAUCAUAGCCUGCCGUCGACUUGCUCCUCCUGUCGUCCCUCUGCCGAGCCCUGCCCCCCCUGUACCCGUCUUCAGCAGCAACGACCACGCCCCCCAUGUCAGCGUUGCCCUGGUGACAGGUGCCAGUAACGAGCUUAAGCCCUGCCCCUCCCCCUUCAGAAUGAAACCUGCCGCAGGACUGCAAGAGAGGCGAGGCUCCAACGUCUCUCUGGUGUUGGACAUGUCGGCUCUCGGCUCUGUGGAGCCCCUGAAUGUGUCCGUAGUAACCCCCAGAGAGGCUGCAGCCAGAGAGUACCUGCUGUCCGCAGGCCGGCCUCUGACACGACAGCAGCUCCGCGAUAUCGUCAACAACACGCACAAACUGCACACAGAGUUCGCUGAAAUCCCCAUGAACUUCAUCGAUCCCAAAGAGCUGGAUAUUCCCAACCACGGGAACAAGAACAGAUACAAGACCAUACUGCCCA